AAUGUCAAAUCAUUUGAUUUUUAAUGGAACAACUAAAAAUACUAUAAACAAUAAAAUCACAACAACAACAUCUCCAACGAAUGUACCUGCCCCAAAUGGGACGAUGACAAAACCAACAACAACAACAAUAACAACAACAACAACAACAUUACCAACUGCAUCAACAACUUCAUCCAUAUUGAACUCAUCAUUGUACACAACAACAACAACAUCGUCAUCGUCCAUGCAAAAAACGCGAAAUCGCCAUCCGUCCAUUCCGGUGUACGCGUCUGCGAUCUCUAAUUGUUCUCCUUCCACUUCUACUUCCUCCGCUCUUCUUGCAUUCUCUUCUCCUUUUUCAUCUUCUUCUGGAAUCUCUGCGAACUCGUCGGAAACUCAAACCCAUGGGGCAUCCUCAAUGCGUGUCGUUGAUGUGCGUGCCUCUUCCUCUGUCCCAACGACGGAGCCGUUCAACACAUUGAAUGUUCUUAAUGAAAUGAACAACAACAACAACAACAACAAUUAUAAUGAUAAUAACAUUAUUUUGACACACUCGACUGAUGGCAACUUGAUUUGUGAUAAUACCAAUAAUAUAACAAACAACAAUAUCAACAGCAGCAACAACAGCAACAACAGCAACUACCAUCAACCAUUCAAUUCUAUGGAUUUUGGACAGCAGCAACACUUGCGACACCACCUACGCUUUAGCAAUAAUGGUCGUGGCAGCAUGGAUAAUGGUGGUAGUCAUGGUGAAUAUAACAAUAAUAACAACAACAACAACAAUUACCGACGCCCUGGCGGAAAUCAAAAUAACAGUAUUAGUGGUAACGGUAACUCUAUGAUGCAGCACCGCCAUAAUGGCGAAUAUUAUGGCAGCAAUCAUCACAACCAACAGAAUCACUAUCAGUACGGUGAGCAGAAUCGUCGGCAUAACAACAACAACAACAACAACAACAAUGGCAACGGCAGUAAUGCAUCUAACUCAGGAUUAUUUGAAAGAAAUAAUAGCAACAGUGGCAAUUUGAAUGGCAAUACCAGCAGUGGUAUGAAUAACAUGCACUUUGAUGGCCAUAACAACAGCAACCAUUCCCGGAACGGGGACUUCCACAAUGAUAAUCGUCCUGAACGUGGAGGAGGAGCAGAGCUGAAUAUCAGCGGCGCCGGUAGCAGCAAUGGGUACGGUACUUUGCGUAAUGGUAAUAAUUAUGGCCGUAACGGGCAUCAGAAUGGUGGUUCCGGCUCCUUCCAUUACCACCACCAUAAUCAUUACAACAGCAACGGACCCUCAACUUCGGCUGUAGCCUUAGCUGGUGGCAGCAGUAGCGUUGCCAGCCUACUUGAUGGACCGACUGGCUCUUCUGGUGCUUUAGGAUCCACCACUUCGCUCAGCAGCGGGCCCAACGGUUUGAAAUCGGACAGUCCUUCGCGCAAAAGACGCCGCAUUUCCGGUCGCAUGCCCAGCCAGUCACCGCCUGCAAUUUGGGAGCAACGACGCUCGCCUCGCACUCAGAUGCAGCAGGGAAGUCCACCGAUACGACGGCCACGCUUGCGAGAGCCUGGACCGUCACAGCAAGUGCAUGGUCACCACAUAAACAACACUGGCAAUGGCAGUAAUANUUUUCAGAUGCAGCAGGGAAGUCCACCGAUACGACGGCCACGCUUGCGAGAGCCUGGACCGUCACAGCAAGUGCAUGGUCACCACAUAAACAACACUGGCAAUGGCAGUAAUAACAAUAACAAUAAUACCAAUACCGGCAGCA